AUGCUGAUCAUCGCCCUCGUCAGAUCCAGAUCUCAGGAGACGAGACAGGCGCCUGGUAAACAUGGAAUAACGCAGAUGUUGAUGACGUCCAUGGCGGUUUCUGAUUUCAUCUUUGGUGUUUUUCUCAUGCCGCUUGGGGUUUCAGAAAUCACCAACAACGGUAAUUGGAAUUACGGGCUUAGUAUGUGCCAAGUUAGAACAUCUUUCACUAACAUCUUAUGCGCCGUGUCAGUUUUCCAUGUGAACUGCUUGGCACUGGAUAAACUGUUGGCCGUGUACAAGCCGAUGUGGUACCGCUUGAGGACUGUCAGGACGGGUUAUGUAAUGGUCUCCUUUUCUUGGCUGUUUCCUGUAGCACUUACCGUGUACUGCCAGAUCGCGGUGUUAAACCAGAUGGAAACAUCAAAUCAAUCUGUGAAUCCUUUAGUUAUGUUUUUCCUUGUUGUAGCGUUUUAUCUUCCUUGUAUGCUAGCUUAUGUGUUAUAUGCGGCUAUACUUCAGAAGGUUCUGAGGUAUAACAGGAAGGAUUUUAAACCUAAAUAUACAAUAGAAAGAUCUUCUGUUGGUAUACAAUAUACAGAAGGCACCAGAGAUAUUUCCAAAAUCAGCGAGUCUACUAUGAUUCCUGGGACUGCAUCUUAUAUUACAUGCAACAUAUCAAAUGAUGAAGCAGUUCCAAAGAUAGGCCCACGUGACAAUGCUACUAACAUACUUACAAAACAGAAUGGAAAGAACGAUAAAAGAAGUGGCAGAGCCAUUUACACCAUUGGUUCGUUGAUGGUGUGUUUCACAAUCUGUUGGGUGCCAUCUUGGUUAGGUCCGCCAAUCUUGACAGAUGAUCAGCUGCCAUUUUGGUUCUCCUUAUAUGGCUACUGGGUGGGUUACUGUAACUCGGCCUUGAACCCAGUGCUGUGCUGUUUAAAUAGGUCGGUCAGACAAGCGGUCAGUUCAUUUGUUCAGUCGGUCAUAAAAGCUGUCAUUUCGUUUGUUCAACAAGUCUGA